UGGUCGACUUCUUUACUCCGGCAAUUGCAGCUGGUUUUUAGCCCGGAGAAGGGAGUCGUGUAGCACUCGUUAACUCCCCCCACGUCGACACCGCAAGCGAUAUGAGCCAGCGAGCCCACUGGAAAGACCUUGUCGCUGACAAGAAGCGCCGACAGCAGGAGUCGAUACCAAAGGACUGGAUCAUAACCGUCCCGCCGGACAGCAUCCGCGAUGUCACUAGUGUGCCCAGCACUUGCGGCCUCUUGUCGCCGAGAGAGCUCGAGAUCACCGAUACGACGGAUGUCGAGGCGAUCUUGAACAAAUUGGCAUCGGCGGAGUGGUCGUCGGUAGAGGCGACGACCGCUUUCUACAAGCGUGCAAUUAUCGCUCACCAGCUCGUAAACUGCCUGACGGAAAUCUUUGUCGACCGUGCGCUCAAGCGCGCGGCCGAAUUAGAUGAACAUCUUAAGACUACAGGAAAAGUGGUCGGACCGUUUCACGGCUUGCCCGUCUCCCUCAAGGACCAGGCUCAGGUGAAAGGACUCGAGACAACCAUAGGGUACGUUUCAUGGGUCGGCAAUUACGCCGACAAAAAUGCCGUCAUUGUCGACAUACUAUACGAACUAGGAGCAGUCCCGUUCGUUAGGACCAACCUUCCUCAGACAGUGAUGUGGAUAGAGACGAACAAUCUUCUCUUUGGUAGGACCUUGAACCCACACAACCGCUCGCUCACGAGCGGAGGAUCCUCCGGAGGUGAAGGUGCACUGCUCGCAAUGAAAGGCAGCCCACUUGGCGUCGGCACCGACCUUGGAGGUUCUAUCCGCAUCCCUGCCGUUUUCAACGGAGUCUACGGCCUGCGCCCUUCUACCGGUCGUCUGCCCUACUACGGAUGUGCCAGGCCCCUCGCCGGACAAGACUCCGUCAGCACCGUGCUCGGGCCUCUCGCCAACUCCGUCGGUGGGAUGAAGCUGUUCCUCAAAGCCGUGCUCGCACAGAACCCCUGGGACAAGGACCCCACUGUGCUGAGGAAGGCGUGGGAUGAGGAGGCGUACAAGCUGAGGGACCAUGGUGGACAGGGAGGCAAGCUGUGCUUCGCGAUUAUGUGGGAUGACAGGGUUGUUAUGCCUCAUCCACCCGUGAGAAGGGCCUUAGAGAUGGCGAAGGAGGCACUGACUCAGGCGGGGCAUCAAGUGAUCGAUUGGGAACCGUACAAACACCUCGAGUUUGGCAAUCUCAUGAACGCCAUCUGGCGCGCCGGCUCGCGCCAGGACAUCGCCGCCGCCGUCUCCAGCAGCGACGAGCCGCUUCUCGCCUCGAUGGACCUCAUCGACCCCGCGUUUCCGGACGCCUCCUACGGCGCGUCGUAUUUCUACAGCGGCGACGGCAUCUCCGCGUACGAGCUGUGGCAGCUGCACAAGAAGAAGGAAGAGAUGCAGAAGGAGUAUCUGGACCGCUGGAUGAGCACUGCGGAGAUCACGGGCACGGGCAGGCCUGUGGAUGCGAUCAUAUGCCCUGGGGCGCCGUGUGCCGCGCCGCCGCAUGGGAGGAACAAGUUCGUGAACUAUACGCGGGUGUGGAAUGCGCUAGACUACACCGCGUGCACGUUCCCCGUCACGAAAGUUGACCCGGCGUUGGACGUGAAGCGGCCCGCGCACAAGUUCCUGAGCCCUACGGACAAGGCAUACUAUGACUUCUAUAAUCCGGCGACGUUCGAGAAUGCGCCCGUCGGACUGCAGCUGGUCGGAAAGAUGCACGAGGAGGAGGCGGUGCUUGCUAUGGUUGAGAUCGUGGAGGCGGCGCUGAAGGCUGGCGGCAAGCCCAAGUUGUAGACUUCAGGUUCAGCGACUUGAUUCAAGAUGCAAACCUGGCUCAUCAUAGAUUGUAGCUCAUUUGGUUACUGUGUGACACGAUAGAGGUUGAGUAUGUACACGAACAGCAGUGUAUGCUCCAGUGCUUGGGCAUUCCAUCCGCGGCAUUGCAGCUAGAAACAAUUCUAUUCCAGUUCCGGUCUCAUGACAUUCGCGCAGCUUCCCCCAUAAACUUCGUCUUGAUAAGGUCAUUUGUAACUUCUCACUGAAAUGAAAC